AUGGAACCCAAGGCUUCUGAACCCAUGGCUUCUGACCAAUCACAAACAGUUGAAUUUACAGCCAUCGACCAAUCACAAACAUUGGAACCAACAGGCUUUGACCAAUCCUAUGGUGAGCCCCCCGUGGCACCCGCUCUGCUGGACCUUCUCUGGAGAAGCAAUGAGGACCAUCAGGCAUUACGACAGGACAGCCCCAUCGCCCCCGGAGACGCCAGAACCCCGCCGCUAACUGGAGACAUUACAGCUCCCGACAUACUUGAGCUGACAUCACGCCAGGAGGAGAGUGUGUGUGUUAAGAAGAGUGGUCCUAUGUCCACAGUGAAGACUGUUGACAGCAGCCAGAAUAGAGAGAACGCAAAGAAGGAUUUGAACCUCCAUGAUACCCAUAACUCUAUCCCCAACCCCAGCCCUGGCUCUAGUCCUAUCCCCAACCCCAGCCCUGGCUCUAGGCCUAUCCCCAACCCCAGUCCUGGCUCUAGUCCUAUCCCCAACGCCAGCCCUGGCUCUAGUCCUAUCCCCAACGCCAGCCCUGGCUCUAGUCCUAUCCCCAACGCCAGCCCUGGCUCUGGUCCUAUCCCCAACCCCAGCCCUGGCUCUAGUCCUAUCCCCAACCCCAACCCCAGCCCUGGCUCUAGUCCUAUCCCCAACCCCAGCCCUGGCUCUGGUCCUAUCCCCAACCCCAGCCCUGGCUCUGGUCCUAUCCCCAACCCCAGCCCUGGCUCUAGUCCUAUCCCCAACCCCAGCCCUGGCUCUAGUCCUAUCCCCAACCCCAGCCCUGGCUCUAGUCCUAUCCCCAACCCCAGCCCUGGCUCUGGUUCUAUCCCCAACCCCAGCCCUGGCUCUAGUCCUAUCCCCAACCCCAGCCCUGGCUCUAGUCCUAUCCCCAACCCCAGCCCUGGCUCUAGUCCUAUCCCCAACCCCAGCCCUGGCUCUAGUCCUAUCCCCAACCCCAGCCCUGGCUCUAGUCCUAUCCCCAACUCCAGCCCCCUGCUUGGGGCAGUGUAUGGAGCCAUAUGUGGAGAGGAGAUGGAGGGGCCGGAGGUAUACCAGGCUGUCUCAGUAAGUGUGACCUGUGAGAGGCUGAGAGGAGAGACUGAGGAGGAGACCAUACUCAGCAGGACAGUGGAGACCACAGUAACAGAGGUAUCACCAGUCUCCACACUCUCCUCACUAUCCACACUCUACCCAGUCUACGCAGUGUCUCUACCCAUGGACUUUACUGUCCACUCAUUCAAAUCUGACCUUAGAGCAGUGGAUAUGGAACAUGAAGCUGGAACAAAACCUGAUCAGUAUGAUACUACUUCUGACAGCAACGCCAAGCCUGACCAAAACAUAACCCAUGGGAAUGCUGGGAGACCUGAUGGGGAUUAUGUCAAACCUACUGGAAAUAACAGAAGCCCUGCUGAUGACUCAGAGCUCACUGAUUGGCGAGUCCAAGCUGAGGUUAUAGGGGGAAGGUCUGCAGGAACAGAAAAGAAGCCGAAGACCAGUGUGGAACAGAAACACUGGCAGGAAAUGGCUGCCAUCACCUAUCACCCCACCAGAGGGAGCGGGUAUGUUCCUCAGGGUUGUGAGGACAGAGAUGGUGGCCAUCUUCCUCAGGGUUGUGAGGACAGAGAUGGUGGCCAUCUUCCUCAGGGUUGUGAGGACAGAGAUGGUGGCCAUCUUCCUCAGGGUUGUGAGGACAGAGAUGGUGGCCAUCCUCCUCAGGGUUGUGAGGACAGAGAUGGUGGCCAUCCUCCUCAGGGUUGUGAGGACAGAGAUAGUGGCCAUCCUCCUCAGGGUUGUGAGGACAGAUAUGGUGGCCAUCUUCCUCAGGGUUGUGAGGACAGCGAUGGUGGCCGUCUUUCUCAGGACUGUAGAGAGGACGGAGAAAGCAGCCAUCUCUCUGAGGAAAGAGGAGGCUCUACUCCUGCCCCUCAGGACCUGCCUAGUGAGGACACUUACUUACAGCCCUGUAAAGGUUCUUCAUCCUUCUUGUCCCCUUCCCCCUCUGUAGAGUCGGAGGGGGGUGAUGGGAGGGUGAGUUCAGAGAGAGGAACUGAACCCACUGACUGCAGAAUGCUGUCUAAGGAGAACAGUGAGGCUGGAACACACAGUGACAAAAGAGCAGAGACACACACUGACGACCGUGAAGAAACACGUACAGGGAGUGAUGGUGCGAAACAAAAUGACCGGCUUGUAGAGAGCGCAGAGACACACACUGGGAGUACAAUAUCCCUCCCACAUAUAGCCUCAGUAGUGGGUUUACUGUAGGGACACACAUUGACAGUACUGUAGGGACACACAUUGACAGUACUGUAGGGACACACAUUGACAGUACUGUAGGGACACACAUUGACAGUACUGUAGGGACACACAUUGACAGGAGUGUAGGGACACACAUUGACAGUACUGUAGGGACACACAUUGACAGUACUGUAGGGAGACACAUUGACAGUACUGUAGGGACACACAUUGACAGUACUGUAGGGACACACAUUGACAGGAGUGUAGGGACACACAUUGACAGGAGUGUAGGGACACACAUUGACAGGAGUGUAGGGACACACAUUGACAGUACUGUAGGGACACACAUUGACAGUACUGUAGGGACACACAUUGACAGGAGUGUAGGGACACUCCCUGAGAACACAGAGUGUAGUGACAUAGUACCAGCUGACAGGAGUGUGUGUGAGGGUGUGUGUGGUGACAGGAAUAUGUGUGAGAGUGUGUGUGUCGCCUCUGUUAACCCCCCUGUGACAUUGGGAGCCAGCCCGUUUGAGGAGCCCCUGACCUUCGGUUACCACAGCGAUUACUGUUCUGCUGUGAACUACCCUGGAGACGAUGCAACAACUGCAGAUUCCUAUUUUCUGGUGGUGGAGCAUGAUCAGAUUGAUGUUUACGCCUCCACCCCGUCUUACCAGAUACAGUUCCUGGGUCAGAGGUCGCUGCCUGUCACCACAGAGACGGGCACUGUGGGGGUUAGAGGUCAGACCAAAGAGGGGGGCAUGAUGGACAUGGUGUCAGAGCUGCUGGGAGAGGAAGUGGACCCCACCCUCUCUGGCCUCUACCCCUCUCCCUGGGCGCAUUUAGGGCCAGGGCUGGAAGAGGGCUGUGGAGGAUGGGCCCAGGGUAUGGAGUGCUGUGAGGAGGAGCAGCCCCUAGCUCCAUGGCCCUGCUGGGAGCCUCUGCCUACACCACCUACAGCACUCUGCUGCCCCAGGACUCUAGUCUCUGGGAAUGGCACUCUCACUACCAGCCUGUGAGUACUUCAGCGGUGUGUGUGUGUCAACUGUAUGGAUGAGCAAACACACAUCUCUAUUCAUGUGAGUUAAAAAGUUAUGUUCUGAUCAUGAUUGAUCCAACUGAGACAAGGCAGGAGCAGAGGAGUACACACACUAUAUACAGUCGUAUGAAAACGUUUGGGCACCCCUGACAAUUUCCAUGAUUUCCAUUUAUAAAUAAUUGGGUGUUUGGAUCAGCAAUUUCAUUUUGAUCUAUCAAAUAACUGAUGGACACAGCAAGUGAAAUUAGGUUUAUUGGAUUAACAGAAAAUGUGCAAUAUGCAUCAAAACGAAAUUAGACAGGUGCAUAAAUUUGGGCACCCCAACAGAAAAAUCACAUCAAUAUUUAGUAGAGCCUCCUUUUGCUAAAAUAACAGCCUCUAGACGCUUCCUAUAGCCUCUAAUGAGUGUCUGGAUUCUGGAUGAAGGUAUUUUGGACCAUUGCUCCUUACAAAACAUCUCCACUUCAGUUAGGUUUGAUGGUUGCCGAGCAUGGACAGCCCGCUUCAAAUCAUCCCACAGAUUCUCAAUGAUAUUCAGGUCUGGGGACUGGAUGCACAGUGACACCAUCUGCAGCAAGAUGAUGUUAUAGGUCUUUGGAGGUGGUCUGUGGGCUGUUUUUGACCGUUCUCACCAUCCUUCGCCUUUGCCUCUCCGAUAUUUUACUUGGCCUGCCACUUCUGGCCUUAACAAGAACUGUGCCUGUGGUCUUCCAUUUCCUCACUAUGUUCCUCACAGUGGACACUGACAGCUUACAUCUGUGCGAUAGCUUUUUGUAGCCUUCCCCUAAACCAUAAUGUUGAACAAUCUUUGUUUUCAGGUCAUUUGAGAGUUGUUUUGAGCGCCCCAUGUUGCCACUCUUCAGAGGAGAGUCAAAGAGAACAACAACUUGCAAUUGGCCACCUUAAAUACCUUUUCUCAUGUUGGAUGCACUUGUCUAUGAAGUUCCAGGCUUAAUGAGCUCACCAAACCAAUUGUGUGUUCCAAAUAAUCAGUGCUAAGUAGUUACAGGUAUUCAAAUCACAUCUGAUUUAAUUUCAUACAACUUAAUAUUGCUACACUAAAAAUCUUUGUCUGGACAAUACCCCAGUACUCAGCUUUUAUAAAAAAAUGAAUGGCAUGCCACUGUGAUCAUUUUCUGUGACGACAGAGUAAAUUAUUAUGCAGCUUUAGAGGGGUGCCCAAACUUUUUCAUACGACUGUACGUUUUCUAUUGUUUGAAGAAACACUGACCUUGGGUGUGUGUGUGCUCCCUUGCAGGAAUCCACCCCGGUCUCUGAGCUGAACCCCAAUGCUCAAGUAUGGGCCAAUCACACGCUUAGCCUGGACCCCUCAGGCCCUGUCUACACUGACGCCCUCCAAUCAUGGCUGGCGGUGCCCAGUCACCUUGACAACCAGGAAGGUAAGCAUGUGGUAGUAGAGCGAGUAUGAAACAACGACUAGCCCUUAGUCCAGAGGGGGGACAGCUACUGGCUUAUUUGAGUGUUUGUCUAGUAAAUGUCGCUACCUGAUUGGUCCUCAGGGUAUGAGCAGGGAUAUGACCUGGAGGAAGUGGGCGAGGCUCAGCUGGAACCGAGCGGUGUAGAAUUUCCAGUGGUCACCAUGGGAAACCCGUCAGCCAGUGGCCUGGUCCAGGACAGCUGUGUCUCAGGUACCAACGUUACUGGCUGAUGGAGCUAAGAGCAAACAAGACUGUUUAUCAGAUUAUGUCUGAUACAAACAUUAAAUGUUAUUAAUGUUGUUGCUUUCAGAGGAGCUCAUGGCAGAGCUGAAGACCUCACUGGAGUCCUGUAUGUCACGGUACGUCUGUGUGAUUGAUCAGUGGGCAGCGAGGGUCGUUUCUGAUUGGGCAGUAAGGUUUGUUUUCUGAUUGGCUGAUGUCCCCUCAGGGAGAAUCUGGCCAACGACCUCUACCUCGUCUCCCAGAUGGACAGCGACCAGUACGUUCCCAUAGCAACGCUCGCCAACCUCGACCACAUCAAGAAGCUCUGCACGGACUUGGAGCUCAUCUCUGACAUCCUCAAGUGUGAGUUAACUUAAGUUUUUGUGUGUGUAUGUUGGUUAGUUGUUCUAUUGUAUUACAUGAUUGGGUAAGAUAUUUCCUUGGCGGGAGGGCGCUGACUGUGUCCUCUCUCCUGAUUGGCUCGUAGCCUUGCCACUGGUGGAGGUGGCAGAAUGUGGGCAGAAGGUACGGCCAAAUCAGGGUCGCUGUAUCGUCAUCCUCCGAGAGGUCCCAGAGACCACACCCCCAGAGGUAAUAAUUAGUUGUUUUUUUCUGAGCUCAAAGCUCAGUUUCUCUAGAGAUAAAUCAGUAGUGUAUUCAGUUCGCUUAAACGUUUGCUAUGUUGCGGAACGGUUUGUACUGAGCGACACCGUUCCCCAAAACGUUCUUGUACGUUCUUGAACAGACUUUGAGGUAUGUUUGCUCCGUUCGGUGGGUGUGCCGGGCUGUGGCUUGAAACAAUGACUGACGUAUUUAAAGGGCAGAGGUGCAUUUUGAAGCUACAACCCAACCCCUCCCUGUUUUUUCAACUGGUCGUUCAGUACAGUUUCCGUUCUAGGAAGUUUUUAUGUACUGAAUGCAGCCCUGAUCAAGCCCGAACUGUGAUAUGUAGUAGAGGGAUGUAGUUUCCAAAAGGCCAAUAUUCUACAUAGUUUAGUGCAGAAAACGUGGUAAUUAACUGCAAUGACCAUAAUCCAUUGCGCGCCUACUUGUCCAGUCUGUGUGGGCACGGAGACGGAGAGAAGAGAGAAGAACACGGAUCGAGAGGGAUAGAGUUGCUUCGCGAUGUAUCUCUACCUGAAAAUGCAUGAUCUAAGUGAUUGAUAUUUGUUAUUCAGCAGUCAUAAAAGUAUGCCAUAUUUACUUUGAAGAAUUACUAAAAUAAUGAUUUUGUCAGACAGCAUAGGCAGCAGAUCUAUAGAGAUGAGAUGAUGACUUGGAAUGAUAUAAUAAAGUUAGCAAAUAAAACAAUAUACAAGUGAAAUAUUUUAUUAAAGUAAUGUGAAUAAAUGAUGGUUAAUUAGUUAUAAGCAGUAAUUGUCAGUAACUAACAUCAUGGGACUUUUAUUGUUUUAUUCUGUGUUACAGCAUUCAACCCACAGUGCAUUUAAUCAAAAAUUUCAAAAAUUGAAAAACGUGAUUAUUUUUUAUAUGAUCGAACAGAAAACAAACCGACCUCGAAAAACACUUAUGGCUCAGCACUAACUGUAAGAAACCUGUGUGUGUGUGUCAGUUCUGACAUGGUGUGUGUUUAUCUUGUUGAACCACCAGGAGGUGAAGGCUCUGUUUGCAUGUGAGAGCCUCCCCAGGAUCCAGAGAUGUGAGUUUGCCCAGAACGACAACUGGUUCAUCACCUUCCACACUGAGGCUGACGCUCAACAGGUACAGCUGGGAGACUGGGGUUAGGGGGUUAACGACAGGUAGGAGAGACAGAGACUGGGGUUAUGGGGGGUUAACGACAGGUAGGAGAGACAGAGACUGGGGUUAGAGGGGUUAACGACAGGUAGGAGAAACAGAGACUGGGGUUAUGGGGGUUAACGACAGGUAGGAGAGACAGAGACUGGGGUUAGAGGGGGUUAACGACAGGUAGGAGAAACAGAGACUGGGGUUAUGGGGGUUAACGACAGGUAGGAGAGACAGACUGGGGUUAGAGGGGUUAACGACAGGAGAGACAGAGACUGGGGUUAGAGGGGUUAACGACAGGUAGGAGAAACAGAGACUGGGGUUAUGGGGGUUAACGACAUGUAGGAGAAACAGAGACUGGGGUUAGGGGGGUUAACGACAUGUAGGAGAAACAGAGACUGGGGUUAGGGGGGUUAACGACAGGAGAGACAGAGACUGGGGUUAGGGGGGUUAACGACAGGUAGGAGAGACAGAGACUGGGGUUAGGGGGGUUAACGACAGGUAGGAGAGACAGAGACUGGGGUUAGGGGGUUAACGACAGGUAGGAGAGACAGAGACUGGGGUUAUGGGGGUUAACGACAGGUAGGAGAGACAGAGACUGGGGUUAGAGGGGUUAACGACAGGUAGGAGAGACAGAGACUGGGGUUAUGGGGGUUAACGACAGGUAGGAGAAACAGAGACUGGGGUUAGGGGGGUUAACCGACAGGUAGAGAAACAGAGACUGGGGUUAGGGGGGUUAACGACAGGAGAGACAGAGACUGGGGGUUAGGGGGGUUAACGACAGGUAGGAGAGACAGAGACUGGGGUUAUGGGGGUUAACGACAGGAGAGACAGAGACUGGGGUUAGGGGGGUUAACGACAGGAGAGACAGAGACUGGGGUUAGAGGGGUUAACGACAGGUAGGAGAGACAGAGACUGGGGUUAGAGGGGUUAACGACAGGUAGGAGAGACAGAGACUGGGGUUAGAGGGGGUUAACGACAGGUAGGAGAAACAGAGACUGGGGUUAGAGGGGUUAACGACAGUAGGAGAGACAGAGACUGGGGUUAGGGGGGAUAACGACACGUAGGAGAGACAGAGACUUGGGGUUAGAGGGGUUAACGACAGGAGAGACAGAGACUUGGGGGUUAUGGGGGUUACGACAGGUAGGAGAGACAGAGACUGGGGUUAGAGGGGUUAACGACAGGUAGGAGAGACAGAGACUGGGGUUAGAGGGGUUUAACGACAGGAGAGACAGAGACUGGGGUUAGAGGGGUUAACGACAGGUAGGAGAGACAGAGACUGGGGUUAGGGGGGUUAACGACAGGUAGGAGAGACAGAGACUGGGGUUAGGGGGGUUAACGACAGGAGAGACAGAGACUGGGGUUAGAGGGGUUAACGACAGGUAGGAGAGACAGAGACUGGGGUUAGGGGGGGUUAACGACAGGUAGGAGAGACAGAGACUGGGGUUAGAGGGGUUAACGACAGGUAGGAGAGACAGAGACUGGGGUUAGGGGGUUAACGACAGGUAGGAGAAACAGAGACUGGGGUUAGGGGGGUUAACGACAGGUAGAAGAGACAGAGACUGGGGUUAGGGGGGUUAACGACAGGUAGGAGAGACAGAGACUGGGGUUAGGGGGGUUAACGACAGGUAGGAGAGACAGAGACUGGGGUUAGGGGGGUUAACGACAGGAGAGACAGAGACUGGGGUUAGGGGGGUUAACGACAGGUAGGAGAGACAGAGACUGGGGUUAGGGGGGGUUAACGACAGGUAGGAGAGACAGACUGGGGUUAUGGGGGUUAACGACAGGUAGGAGAGACAGAGACUGGGGUUAUGGGGUUAACGACAGGUAGGAGAAACAGAGACUGGGGUUGGGGUGUUAACGACAGGUAGGAGAAACAGAGACUGGGGUUAGGGGGGUUAACGACAGGAGAGACAGAGACUGGGGUUAGGGGGGUUAACGACAGGUAGGAGAGACAGAGACUGGGGUUAGGGGGGGUUAACGACAGGUAGGAGAGACAGAGACUGGGGUUAUGGGGGUUAACGACAGGUAGGAGAAACAGAGACUGGGGUUAGGGGUGUUAACGACAGGUAGGAGAAACAGAGACUGGGGUUAGGGGGGUUAACGACAGGAGAGACAGAGACUGGGGUUAGGGGGGUUAACGACAGGUAGGAGAGACAGAGACUGGGGUUAGGGGGGUUAACGACAGGUAGGAGAGACAGAGACUGGGGUUAGGGGGGUUAACGACAGGUAGGAGAGACAGAGACUGGGUUAUGGGGGUUAACGACAGGUAGGAGAGACAGAGACUGGGGUUAGAGGGGUUAACGACAGGUAGGAGAGACAGAGACUGGGGUUAUGGGGGGGUUAACGACAGGUAGGAGAAACAGAGACUGGGGUUAGGGGGGGUUAACGACAGGUAGGAGAAACAGAGACUGGGGUUAGGGGGGUUAACGACAGGAGAGACAGAGACUGGGGUUAGGGGGGGUUAACGACAGGUAGGAGAGACAGAGACUGGGGUUAGGGGGGGUUAACGACAGGAGAGACAGAGACUGGGGUUAGAGGGGUUUAACGACAGGUAGGAGAAACAGAGACUGGGGUUAUGGGGGUUAACGACAUGUAGGAGAAACAGAGACUGGGGUUAGGGGGGUUAACGACAUGUAGGAGAAACAGAGACUGGGGUUAGGGGGGUUAACGACAGGAGAGACAGAGACUGGGGUUAGGGGGGUUAACGACAGGUAGGAGAGACAGAGACUGGGGUUAGGGGGGUUAACGACAGGUAGGAGAGACAGAGACUGGGGUUAGGGGGGUUAACGACAGGUAGGAGAGACAGAGACUGGGGUUAUGGGGGUUAACGACAGGUAGGAGAGACAGAGACUGGGGUUAGAGGGGUUAACGACAGGUAGGAGAGACAGAGACUGGGGUUAUGGGGGUUAACGACAGGUAGGAGAAACAGAGACUGGGGUUAGGGGGGUUAACGACAGGUAGGAGAAACAGAGACUGGGGUUAGGGGGGUUAACGACAGGAGAGACAGAGACUGGGGUUAGGGGGGUUAACGACAGGUAGGAGAGACAGAGACUGGGGUUAUGGGGGUUAACGACAGGAGAGACAGAGACUGGGGUUAGGGGGGGUUAACGACAGGAGAGACAGAGACUGGGGUUAGAGGGGUUAACGACAGGUAGGAGAGACAGAGACUGGGGUUAGAGGGUUAACGACAGGUAGGAGAGACAGAGACUGGGGUUAGAGGGGUUAACGACAGGUAGGAGAAACAGAGACUGGGGUUAGAGGGGUUAACGACAGGUAGGAGAGACAGAGACUGGGGUUAGGGGGGAUAACGACACGUAGGAGAGACAGAGACUGGGGUUAGAGGGGUUAACGACAGGAGAGACAGAGACUGGGGUUAUGGGGGUUAACGACAGGUAGGAGAGACAGAGACUGGGGUUAGAGGGGUUAACGACAGGUAGGAGAGACAGAGACUGGGGUUAGAGGGGUUAACGACAGGAGAGACAGAGACUGGGGUUAGAGGGGUUAACGACAGGUAGGAGAGACAGAGACUGGGGUUAGGGGGGUUAACGACAGGUAGGAGAGACAGAGACUGGGGUUAGGGGGGUUAACGACAGGAGAGACAGAGACUGGGGUUAGAGGGGUUAACGACAGGUAGGAGAGACAGAGACUGGGGUUAGGGGGGUUAACGACAGGUAGGAGAGACAGAGACUGGGGUUAGAGGGGUUAACGACAGGUAGGAGAGACAGAGACUGGGGUUAGAGGGGUUAACGACAGGUAGGAGAAACAGAGACUGGGGUUAGGGGGGGUUAACGACAGGUAGAAGAGACAGAGACUGGGGUUAGGGGGGUUAACGACAGGUAGGAGAGACAGAGACUGGGGUUAGGGGGGGUUAACGACAGGUAGGAGAGACAGAGACUGGGGUUAGGGGGGUUAACGACAGGAGAGACAGAGACUGGGGUUAGGGGGGUUAACGACAGGUAGGAGAGACAGAGACUGGGGUUAGGGGGGUUAACGACAGGUAGGAGAGACAGACUGGGGUUAUGGGGGGUUAACGACAGGUAGGAGAGACAGAGACUGGGGUUAGGGGGGUUAACGACAGGUAGGAGAGACAGAGACUGGGGUUAGGAGGGUUAACGACAGGAGAGACAGAGACUGGGGUUAGGGGGGUUAACGACAGGUAGGAGAGACUGGGGUUAUGGGGGUUAACGACAGGUAGGAGAGACAGACUGGGGUUAUGGGGGUUAACGACAGGUAGGAGAGACAGAGACUGGGGUUAGGGGGGUUAACGACAGGUAGGAGAGACAGACUGGGGUUAGGGGGGUUAACGACAGGUAGGAGAAACAGAGACUGGGGUUAGGGGGGUUAACGACAGGUAGGAGAGACAGACUGGGGUUAGGGGGGUUAACGACAGGAGAGACAGAGACUGGGGUUAGGGGGGUUAACGACAGGUAGGAGAGACUGGGGUUAUGGGGGUUAACGACAGGUAGGAGAGACAGACUGGGGUUAUGGGGGUUAACGACAGGUAGGAGAGACAGACUGGGGUUAGGGGGGUUAACGACAGGUAGGAGAGACAGACUGGGGUUAGGGGGGUUAACGACAGGUAGGAGAGACAGAGACUGGGGUUAGGGGGGGUUAACGACAGGUAGGAGAACAGAGACUGGGGUUAGGAGGGUUAACGACAGGAGAGACAGAGACUGAGGUUAGGGGGGUUAACGACAGGUAGGAGAGACAGAGACUGGGGUUAUGGGGGUUAACGACAGGUAGGAGAGACAGAGACUGGGGUUAGGGGGGUUAACGACAGGUAGGAAGAGACUGGGGUUAGGGGGGUUAACGACAGGUGAGGAGAGACUGGGGUUAUGGGGGUUAACGACAGGUAGGAGAGACUGGGGUUAGGGGGGGUUAACGACAGGUAGGAGAGACAGACUGGGGUUAUGGGGGUUAACGACAGGUAGGAGAGACAGAGACUGGGUGUUAUGGGGGUUAACGACAGGUAGGAGAGACAGAGACUGGGGUUAGGGGGUUAACGACAGGUAGGAGAGACAGAGGACUGGGGUUAGGUGGGGUUUAACGACAGGAGAGACAGAGACUGGGGUUAGGGGGGUUAACGACAGGUAGGAGAGACUGGGGUUAGGGGGGUUAACGACAGGAGAGACAGAGACUGGGGUUAGGGGGGUUAACGACAGGUAGGAGAGACAGAGACUGGGGUUAACGACAGGUAGGAGAGGGAUUGAUCUUCUAGACAUUUAUGCACAUUUCAUUCAGCUGUAGAUUUCAUUCACUUAUGAUUGUGUGGUGUGUGUGUGGUGUGUGUGGUGUGUGUGGUGGUGUGUGUGUGGUGUGUGUGGUGUGGUGUGGUGUGUGUGUGGUGUGGUGUGGUGUGUGUGGUGUGUGGUGGUGUGUGGUGUGUGUGGUGUGUGUGGUGUGUGUGGUUUGUGUGGUGUGUGGUGUGUGUGGUGUGUGUGGUGUGUGGUGUGUGUGUGUGGUGUGUGUGUUGUGUGGUGUGUGUGUGGUGUGUGUGGUGUGUGGUGUGUGGUGUGUGUGGUGUGUGUGGUGUGUUCCAGGCAUUCCAGUACCUAAGAGAGGAGGUAAGGACGUUCCAGGGGAAACCCAUCAAGGUGAGUGUAGGGUCCUUUACUAAACAGUACUUUUCCAUGCAAGUGGCAAUCACAUGAUAAAAGAUUGAUUGAUUGGUUGGCUGAUUAAUUAAUUAAUUAGGCGCGAAUCAAGGCCAAGGUGAUGGCAGUCACAUCUUACGCUCCAAAGAAUGGCUACAAGCCCUGCCCAAUGGAUCCCUGCACCAAUCAGCAGCCUUACAGCCCAUACUACGCACCGGCCACUUUCCAUCAGCCCCUCCCACAGCUCUACACAAUGACCAAUCAGAGCUUGGCUGCCAUGGCCGGAUACACAGACCCUGCCAUGGUGAGGUGUACAUGCACACAUACACACACACACACAUACACACGCAGGCACAAAAUCUCUCAUGCAGGCGCAAGCGUUCUCUCACACUGGUGUCAUUGUUGUUCUAUCCAGCAGAUGGCGUCAUUCUCUGGCUUCAUGGACGGCUUCCCAGGAGGCCCCAGCUUCAAACUAUCCCCCUCACACAGACACAGGUACUACACUCCUGACUCGCAUUCUCAUUCUGGAGAGACAUCUCUCUCUUUCUCCCAAGCUAUCAUUCUCUUGCUCUCUCUCUUUUUCUCUCUCUCUCUCUCUUUUUCUCUCUCUCUUUUUCUCUCUGUCUCUCUCUUUUUGUCUCUUUCCCUUUCUGUGUUUUGCUUGACGAUGGAACCAUGGUUUUAGUUAUGUUGUUUUUCCCUCUCUCCUCCAGUAGGGGGCAGCAGGACCAGAGGCGGCGGUCUGGCGACAGUGGGCCGGGCCUUCUGGAUGAUCCCCCCUUCUUCCCGGAGUGUGGACUAAUAGGAUGCGUCCCUGGCCCCCCCAGGCAGGGCCGGCCACGGUUACCAGGCAACAGGUGUAGGGAGGGAGAGGGGGGUCGACGUGGAGGGAGAGGGGGGUCAGGUUCCUCCCCCAGCACUGACAGAGGAAGGUAAUGACCUCUGACCUCUAACCUCCAGCUCUUAGAGACAGGUCUCUUCCUGAUCACUCAUUUUCAUUAGAGACUAAACGGGAGAGAAAAUACUUUGAGGUACCACCUGAAGUGAAGUAGAUGAUGUUUCUCUUUCUCUCUUUCUCUCUGAAGGAGAGGUCCCAUUGGUCAGAGGAAGAGAAGAGAUGACAAGUACACUGUAAGUACUUAAAGAUGUUUUGUAUAAUUUCAGCCAGUCGUUUUGAUAGUAGUGCUCACAAACCAAAACGGGACCCCGAAAAUGUUGCACAAGUUGUGUUUUAAGCAAUGAUAUGUUACAAAUUCAUAUUUGUACAAUAUGUAAAAAAAAUUGUAAGUGCUUAAAAUCCCAUUAAAUCUCUCUAACAUGGGGAUGGUUUUGAAUAGUUCAAGGAAAAGCUCUUACUCGAGUGUGUUGUUUCUGUGGAUAUGUACUGUAUGUCUGUGUUUAACAAAAUGUGCAUAUAAACUUGUUUAUAAAUGUGUGUGUGCACGUGUUUAGAGAGGGCCCCCCCAGUCGCCCUCCCACUCCUUGUCUCCCAGGCUGGAGCUUGACCCCAAUAGCUUCCCCCCGCUUCUCCUGGCUACAGCUUCUACAGCAACAGUUACCACAGCAACCAACAUCCACAAGGCAACCAACAACCACAAGGUAACCAAGAGGCACACAAACACUGACACACACCCUCUACUUUCUUGUAAGGUUGUUUUUCUUGUUCCAGAGUCCAGUUAGAGACAGCAGUACCAGCCAACCAACCACUGUGACAUCACAAGACCUCCAGCCUAUCACAGCAUUGCCUCAGAAAACCCUCCCCCUAGAGUGAGUAUAUUCUCCUUCCUUUUGAAUCAUCAUCACUGUGUUGGGUCCCUUUCACAAUGUGUUUUGUAUGAUUACUUUGAGGAAGAAAGUUACAAACAGACUUGUCAGUGUUAUGGUAUGUUAUGGUUGUGUUGUGUUGUGUUGUGUUAUAUGGUGGUUGUUGCUGUCCCACAGGAAGCUGAAGGAAACCGUAGCGUCUCCCAAGAGGACCACAGCAGCUCGUCCGACCGCGAAAGAACCGCUUCAGACCACGAAGGAGAACGGACCAGCAGCGGUGAGACAACUCACAGACUACAGAGACAAACUGGUUAAUAGUUGUUGUUUUUUAUUGGUGAAGUUAAAUGUACCACAGCAUGGCUACAUCUCAAUAGUCUAAAAUGGUUUCCUCACCUCAUCAGUGCAGAGGAAGGAGAAGAGACUAUUGAGAUGCAGUCAUCUGUCUACCAGAGAAGUAGUGUAUGUUGGGUACUGACCUGUCCUGUGUUGUGAUUGGUUAGGAGUCCAAGAAGCCAAGCUAUGCUGAGAUCUGCCAGCGGAUACGAGCCAAUCAGAUGCUCGCCGCAAAGGCUACUGACCACACUCCCUUGGGGGCGGGGAUUGUCCCAGCCUAUCCUUCGCAGGCGCCUGACCCGGCCCAGUUAUCACGGUGACCAGUGAGAUAGUUACUUUCGGUUGGGGAGGGGAGGAGAGAAGUGGGAAGAAGUUCUUCAAGCCAAAGAAGAAGAAAAAAACAUUGUAGCACUGUUGUUUCUCUCUGCUCUGUCUGUUUGUCCGUCUGAUUUGACAGACCUUUCUGACUUUCUGAAAUCUUUAUAUUUUGAUAUUGAUUAAUUUAUUUUGAUUAAUAUUGAUCAGUAUUUAGAGAAUUGGACAUCAGAUUGCUGUAUUAACUCCUUAGUCUAAAUAACUUAAUUGGAACAGUUACAGUAACUAUGAACAGCCAGACACUGUUGAUUCGAAUUCCAUUUGUGUUGAUGGGGGGGGGUCUCUUACAGAAAUACUUUAGAAGAGGAACAACUUGGGUUGAUAUUUAUAAGUUUACAUACAGAUACAACACAGUUAGAGUUACAUGAAUUAACAAUUUGAAUUUGAUUUGGAAUCAGGGGUGGUGGGAGGAAAAUAGUUUUCAGUUCGGAUUUCCUGUGUUUGAGAUAGAUUAAGUAUGUAAAUGUGGGUAUUAGAUACAGAAUUGAGGCAUUAUUUAAAAAGGUGAAUGUUUAAUUUUUUUCUGUACAUAUGUAAAUAAUUUGACUGUUAUUAAACAAGUGCCUUAAUAAUAACAGUAAAAAGGUAUAUUUUCGCAUAGUAAUUUAUUCCCUAUUACUUACAAUUCUAAAGUUUGGUUGAAGAAGUCAAUAUGGCUGGCUGAAUCAGUCUAGCAAACUAAAUUCGUACAGGAACCUUUCCUUCAGUAGCGGGCCGGCGGUCUGAUUGUUCAAGUCGUGAGUGUCUGCACCUGAGAGAGUCGCUUUCCAUUGUCAUGUGGUGCUGAGUUCCGAUUCUGUCGCUGUCGGCUUCUGUGGUGCUGAAUCUCUGAUCGCCGCUAUUACAGCUUGUUAGUUUAGCCUACUUCAGCACCAUUGGACCUUUAAAUCAUGUGACAAAGUCACCAAAUGCUGUGUUAUUAUAAAAUGCAGUGAUACUAUGGAGCUAGCUACUCUGCGUAUGGGCUAAUUCUCAGUAUAACGUUGGUUGUGGCAAAAUCAGAUGAGUAAGUAGCGUACCUUGCCUGAGACUUGAAGGCUUGAGCUGAGCUCCCAGAUCUAAGCCGAGUGGUGGGCAGAAAGCCCGGCUAGUGUGCUCCUUGGCAGGUCCAUGGGCUUCAUGAAGACCAGAGAUCCACCAUACAUUGUUGUUGCCAUAAUUCAAUGAUAUAGGCCUAUACAUCAAUGUUGUGUCAAGAGGGUGGUGGUGGAGUGGUUGGCACAUAAUACCCCUGCCUCCCACGCGGCGCCCCCCUCGGUCCCUCCUGGUAGCACUCCUCUCCUCCAUACAUCACGUGACAGUAGCUCCAAACAGCGCGAGUCUCAUCAUCAGCACCGCAUCCCCCGGGCAAGCAGCCUCGAGACCCACCGAUCGACCCUCAGUGGUCCCUCAUCACAGAGACGAUAAUAACGGAGAGGAGGUAGACUAACGAGGCCAUGCCGGGGCCCCGGUAAACCGACAAAACAUAUUUUUCUCUUUGUUCGCCUCGACGCACCGCUCGCUGCCUCCGAGGAGGAUCCGCGGAAUAGCUCUCUCUGCUGGAGUAGAGGAGGAGACUGCAAACAGAGGGAGAACGGAUAGAUUUUUUCUACCGUAUAACCUAAUGGCAGAGCGUAGGCGUCGCCGUAAAGGGAAAUGAUGUUUUCUCUUUCUCUCUUUCUCUCUGAAGGAGAGGUCCCAUUGGUCAGAGAAGAGAAGAGAGAGAGGAUGACAAGUACACUGUAAGUACUUAAAUGUUUUGGAUAAUUUCAGCCAGUCGUUUUGAUAGUAGUGCUCACAAACAAAACGGGACCCCGAAAAUGUUGCACAAGUUGUGUUUUAAGCAAUGAUAUGUUAAAAAUUCUAUUGUACAAUAUGUAAAAAAAAUUGUAAGUGCUUAAAAUCCCAUUAAAUCUCUCUAACAUUGGGGAUGGUUUUGAAUAGUUCAAGGAAAAGCCUCUUACUCGAGUGUGUUGUGUUCUCUGUGGAUAUGUACUGUAUGUCUGUGGUUAACAAAAGUGCAUAUAAACUUGUUAUAAAUGUGUGUGCACGUGUUUAGAGAGGGCCCCCCCCAGUCGCCCUCCCACUCCCUGUCUCCCAGGCUGGAGCUUGACCCCCAAUAGCUUCCCCCCCGCUUCUCCUGGCUACAGCUUCUACAGCAACAGUUACCACAGCAACCAACAUCCACAAGGCCAAACCAACAACCACAAGGUAACCAAGAGGCACACAAAACAUGACCACACCCUCUACUUUCUUGUAAGGUUGGUUUUUCUUGUUCCAGAGUCCAGUUAGAGACAGCAGUACCAGCCAACCAACCACUGUGACAUCACAAGACCUCCAGCCUAUACAGCAUUGCCUCAGAAAACCCUCCCCCUAGAGUGAGUAUAUUCUCCUUCCUUUUGAAUCAUCAUCACUGUGUUGGGUCCCUUUCACAAUGUGUUUGUUAUGAUUACUUUGAGAAGAAAGUUACAAACAGACUUGUCAGUGUUAUGGUAUGUUAUGGUUGUGUUGUGUUGUGUUGUGUUAUAUGGUGGUUGUUGCUGUCCCACAGGAAGCUGAAGGAAACCGUAGCGUCUCCCAAGAGUGACCACAGCAGCUCGUCCGACCGCGAAAGAACCGCUUCAGACCACGAAGGAGAACGGACCAGCAGCGGUGAGACAACUCCACGACUACAGAGACAAACUGGUUAAUAGUUGUUGUUUUUGUAUUGGUGAAGUUAAAUGUACCACAGCAUGGCUACAUCUCAAUAGUCUAAAAUGGUUUCCUCACCUCAUCAGUGCAGAGGAAGGAGAAGAGACUAUUGAGAUGCAGUCAUCUGUCUACCAGAGAAGUAGUGUAUGUUGGGGUACUGACCUGUCCUGUGUUGUGAUUGGUUAGGAGUCCAAGAAGCCAAGCUAUGCUGAGAUCUGCCAGCGGAUACGAGCCAAUCAGAUGCUCGCCGCAAAGGCUACUGACCACACUCCCUUGGGGGCGGGGAUUGUCCCAGCCUAUCCUUCGCAGGCGCCUGACCCGGCCCAGUUAUCA